AUGGAUGAAACCAAAGCAUUGCAGGAGUUGGGGUCUUCAGUGGAUGGAGUCGAUGCCGUGGGAGUCGUUUUCGGCGUAGUGGCUGAUGCUGAUGCCGUGAUAGUCGUUUCGGGCUCAGUGGAUGAUGCCGAGGCCGUGAUAGUCGUUUCGGGAUCAGUGGAUGAUGGCGAGGCCGUGGUAGACGUUUCGGGCUCAGUGAAUGAUGACGAGGCCGUGGUAGUUGCUUCGGGAUCAGUGGAUGAUGCCGAGGCCGUGGUAGUCGUUUCGGUCUCAGUGGAUGUGGAGGAAGCCUCGGUUGGAAUCAUGGCCGUACUCUGA